AUGCGGCGCGGUCUCCUAAUCUUCAUCCUGGUGAAUCUGCUCAUUCUCACACUUCUGGUUCGCAGCGUUUCGACUCUGCUUUCCUUGCUAGUGGAGGAUGCGGCCGCAGAUGCCAUUCACCGCGCGGAGCUGCCGUCUCCCAACUCCAGUCUGAUUGAGACAAGGCCUCAAAUCAUUCCCAAGAUCAUUCACCAGACUUACAAGAACGAGACGAUUCCCGAGGUGUGGCGUGAGGCCCAACAGAGCUGCAUUGACUUGCACCCGGACUAUGAGUAUAUUCUGUGGACUAAUGAAAAGUCUCGCGACUUUAUCGCCGCCGAAUACCCCUGGUUCCUGGACACCUUUGACGGCUACAAGUACCCCAUCCAGCGCGCAGACUCAAUUCGCUACUUUGUGUUGGCGCAUUACGGUGGUACUUAUAUUGACCUGGACGAUGGCUGCAACCGCCGUUUGGACCCGCUCCUCGCAUACCCCGCCUGGGUUCGUCGCACCGUGCCAACUGGUAUCUCCAACGACGCGAUGGGUUCCGUGCCUCAGCAUCCAUUCUUCCUCCGUGUGAUUGAGUUGCUGCAACAGUACGACCGCAAGUGGGUGCUGCCCUACAUUACGGUGAUGUACUCGACGGGUCCGCUAUUCUUGUCGGUCAUCUGGAAGGAGUAUAUGCAGGAUAAGCCUAGUGAAUCUGGGCGCGUGCGCAUUCUGAUGCAGGACGAGUACAACAAGUUCUCGUGGAGUUUCUUCACGCACCACACUGGAAACAGCUGGCAUGGCAAGGACGCGCACUUGAUUUUCUGGAUGGGCCAACAUUGGGUGUUCCUCACUUUCUGCGGUUUCAUCCUCGCAGGUAUUGUCGGCAUCUGCCUGUGGUGGACAUACGGCCGAAUCAUGCUCCUCGGUGCAAAGUACCGUUACCGCUACACCAAGGUGCCUUCCAUCAUCAGCCCGCGGCUUUCCUCCUCUCCUACGCGUCGCGCUCGCCGUAUAAUGCCCACACUGCUCCGCCGUGUGAGCUUCAAGGAGGACGAAGAGAUCGGCGGGGCCACCGAGACCUCUUACGAGCUCGGUCGCCGCGACGACUGA